AAUUAGAUUAUCUGCAUGAAUAUUAUCAAGUCGAAAAAUUGAAAGAACUAAAAUUAAAUUUAGUUGCUUAGCAAGCGAUUGAGACAGCACACUCUGUAGAAUUGUGUUUCGUUCUGGAUUUUCCCACUUAAACACAGAUAAUUUCUAAAUCAAAACACGAGCUUAUUAUGAAUCUAAGGUCAUUCUUCGUUGCGCUCAGUCGCAUCUUCGUGCUCCAGACGAUCACCGCCAAUGCACCGGCCCUUACAGCAAAAUUAGCCAGCGAUCGUUUCGCCUUGGCGCUCACCACGGCGCUAGGCUUGCAGUCACCUGCAGAAAAUGUGCUCAUCUCACCAGUGUUGGCGCAGGCUAUGCUUACACUACUCUCUUAUGGCGCAGACGAACAGCAGGCUGCUGCUCUCCGCGCUGCAUUACAUUUACCGCCUGGUGAGCGGAAACAAACUGCGACACUAAACAUGUCACUGCUUUUGAGCUCAGCCAAAACGCUAGCGCAACAAAAUGUACAUUUGGUGAGCGCCAUCUAUGUGCAGGAGCAUGUUUUGUUCAAAUUUCAAAAGGAAUUCUCGGAAAUGUCAACGGUGCAUUUUGAAACACCUACGAAAAUGUUGAAUUUCAAUCGUAAGACACUCGAUGAGCUCAACUAUUGGUUCUUGCAGCAAACCAAUUAUACCAGCGGUGAAGUGAUCCAGACUGAGUUGGCCGAAUUGCGUGAUCGCUUUAUUUUGGCGAGCGCCGCGGUAUUGCAUGCACCAUGGGCGGUGGGUUUUAAUGUGAAAGAGACGGAGAAAUUGAAUUUCUUUAACGAUCGCACGAAACAUAAAUUAGUCGAUUGCAUGUUUGUGACACACAAAUUUCGUUAUGCGGAUUUGACGCAUUUGGAUGCUAAGUUAGUAGAGUUGCCGUAUGCGAAUCAGACGCUGAAGCUAUGGCUGCUGUUGCCCAACGAAUUGGACGGUUUGGCGCAACUUGAGGAGAAAUUGCUGCAUGAAGAUCUCAACAAAAUCGAGGCGCAGUUGAGUGAGCAGAAAAUUGUGCUGACGCUGCCGAAAUUCCGUGCCGAAUAUAAUGUGGAUCUCAAAGGUGCGCUAAGUGCGCUGGGCUUUGCUAGCAUUUUCGAUGGCGCAACGAAAUUCACGCAUAUGUUCACCUCCUUUUUCAAUACCCGCUCACCAGCUGUGACGAAUGUGCCCCACAAAUCGGUCUGGCGUGUGGAUGAAGAAGGCGUCGCUGGCAGUGAAGAGGAGUUUUCAUUCGGCGGAUUUUUUAGACGCCCCCUGCAGUUGGUGGUGAAUCAUCCAUUUUAUUUCUUAGUCAAAAGUGAAGUUGCUGUUUUACUGGCUGGUCAUAUUGUUAAUGUUUAACCCAUAGGAGAAGAUAUGGCAAUAAGUGAAGAAAGUGAAUGUAAUAAAUUGGAGGACAAGAAGCAUUUUUGAACAUA